AUGGUGCAUUAUCAUUAUGGCCCGUCUGCCUCCUCCGAUGCCGUUCCCUCCAGCCCGCCCGCCACGACGUCCUCGCCGGCGAGCAUGAUGCUGUCGCCCAUCAGAUCCACGCGGCGAAAGGAAAGACGAAACCCGUCGGUCACGCCGCGGAGGUUUGGCCGCUUCUUUACGCCGCGGUCGUCUCUGCCCAGCGGACGAUCCGUCUUGGGCAUGCUGGAUAGUGCCUCUGUCAACAAUCGCCAGCUGGCAUCCCCCAUGUCUUUUCUCAGCGAUCCGCUGCUGAGUUCGGAUCCGUUGUGUCCACCCUCCCCCAGUGAGCGGCUGGGGCCGAGCGCAGAGCACAAGAGGUUGAUGGAGGAGACGCGGACGGAUGGCGCAAAGAGGAGGAGAACCGACGAGGCCUCGCCGUACGCCUUGCCGGAGCUGAACUACCCCACCAUCAUGGAAGAGGAUGUGGCCGAGGAGGAUGGUGUCAAGUCAAAGGAGACUCUGGAAAGCUUGGGGGACCGACGCAAGGCAACUCUGAACCUCUUCUUCAAGGCCAGCCGUAGUGGUUCUCGUGCGUGGCAAGAAAAGUCAGGACUAACUCCCCGGGGGCUUUUUGCCGUUGACCCCAAGGCCCCCCUGCAUCUGGAAGGAUAUCAGCCAAGGCCUGUCCGUAAAUUCCGGGAUACUGGUUUUGAAUCUCAGCUCCUUGAUCGAGAGCAUGGCUUCUCUUUGCACCACGGCAGACAGCAUCUGAACUAUCCAGCCUGCGACCCGAGGAUUGAGACCGCUUCUUUUUAUAGCCGGAGCAAUGACCUUCACCACUGCGCUGCCUCCUCCGGAAACGGCAAUACGAUUCCCUUUAGUCUGGCCAGCUGCCACAAAAGCUCGGUUACGGCCAUUGGCGAUGAGCAAGGAUGUGUUCGCCUCUUCAAGACCGAUCUGAACGACCCGCUGGACGACUCUAAAGUCGAUACGUACAUCUCGGUACAUGACAACGCGAUUAUGGAUCUGGCGUUCUCACAAGAUGACAUGCGCCUGGCAACGGCGUGCGGUGAUCGUAGUGGCAGGAUCCUGGAUGUUCCGACGCUGACAGUCGCCGCCGAGCUUGGAGGAGGUCACUGGGACUCAUUGCGGCAGGUUGCGUUUCAACCGGGUGAAGCGGCCGGCAAUGUUAUUGCCUCCUCCGAUCGGGCUGGCCGUAUUCAAAUCUGGGACUUGCGAUGUUCCUCGUCGCCGGUCAACAGCUUCUCAUGUCCCAGCGGUAUUGGCCAGCGAGACACCUCCCUGGAACCCUUCCACGCCAAGGGCGUCAACACCAUCGACAACGCCCACGAACGCACUGUACAGGGCAAUACCUCAUCGGCCUCCGUCACUGCUAUUCACUGGAUGCCGCCGGGCCGCGAACAUCUCCUGCUUUCUGCAUCCGAGGCCAAUGCUUCCAUCAAGCUCUGGGACACGAGAUACAUCAAGCCUCGGCGGCAGGUCGAAGAGACGCCUCUAGCUGUGACUUCAGAGCCACGAGGCCACACGUGGCGAUCCUACGGCAUUACAUCCCUCGCAAUCAGCUCCGACGCCGGCCGCCUCUAUGCUGUUUGCAAGGACAGCACCGUCUACGCUUACUCGACAAAUCAUUUGAUGCUCGGCCAUGCGCCGGAGCUCGAGGAUGGAGCAACCAAGCGAAGGCCCAACGGGGCUCAAGGUCUGGGCCCCAUGUACGGCUUCAAGCACGACUUGUUCCGUGCCCAAUCCUUCUACGUCAAAUGCGAUAUCCGCCCCAGCACCAACGGCACCUCGGACCUCCUCGCCGUGGGCAGCAGCGACGGCUGCGCACUUCUCUUCGCCACCGACGAACGAUAUGUCCGCAGCGCCUGGGCCAAACGCUCCCACAUCCCUCCCGAAACCACCUUUGCCACCCCGUCACAAAGCAUAUCCACGCCUUCCGCUUUUGGAUCAACCGCUGCUACGCCUCUUAUCCCCAUCUCGCGCCUUGGAACGCCGCUUGUGCGUGGCCACAGCCGCGAAGUCACUACUCUAAGCUGGGCUCACGAUGGCAAACUCGUCACCGCGUCAGAUGACUACAUCGUUCGCCAGUGGCAACAGGACGAGGCUCAGGCGCGAUACUUGCGGCAGGUGGGCGAGUUUGGCGGCGAGCGUCACAUGGCAGGCUGGGCGGACGUGGGAGACGACUGGGAUACCCCUGACGACGACUCUGAGUAA